CUCCAAUCUUCUUUACUAUCCCAUCCCACUCCAUUUAUUCUCGAUACAAAUCAUUGUCAGAAUGCCAGCCACCACCCACCCCGAAUUCAACGACCAGACUGAAGCCCUGGAGGUCGCCAAAGCCUUCGCGUCCAGCAUCCACGGCAAGACCAUCCUGAUCACCGGCGUCAACCCAGGCGGAAUCGGCUUCGCAACCGCAGAGGCAUUCGCCUCCCAAUCCCCAUCCCACCUCAUCCUGGCCGGGCGCACCCCAUCCAAGCUAACCGCCAGCAUCACGGCCCUCCGCACCAAACACCCAGCAACAACCUACCAUGCUCUCGAAGUGGACCUCUCCAACCAAGCCUCCGUGCGCGCCGCCGCCACGACACUCCUCUCCUGGCCCGACAUCCCCCAAAUCAACAUCCUGAUCAACAACGCGGGCAUCAUGAACCUACCCCACCGCACGCUCACGGCCGAAGGAAUCGAACUAACCUUCGCAACCAACCACGUCGGCCACUUCCUCCUCACCUGCCUCAUCAUGCCGAAGAUCCUCGCCGCCGCGGAAGCGGAAGCAGAAGCAGAGACAGAAGGAAACACCACCACCACCACCCGCGGCGCAACACGAAUCAUAAACGUCAGCGCGCUCUCCGCCUCCAUCGCCAAAAUGCGCUGGAGCGACCCGACCUUCGCGAUCAAAAACAAAGACCUGCCCGUCUCCGAACAGCCGAAUUACGAUAUCCUGAGACAGUGGGGCACCCCGGACCCGGAGGAAAGGUCCUACGUCCCCGUCGAAGCCUACAACCAGAGCAAAGUGGCCAAUGUGCUCUUCAGCAUCGGACUCACGCGGCGGUUGUUGGAGAAGUAUGGCGUUCUCAGUCUGGCGCUGCAUCCGGGCAUUAUUGAGACGGAGCUGGCGAGGGAAUUUUCGGCGGAGCAGACUGCCGCGUUGGAGCAGAUGUGGAGGGUUAGGUAUGGGAGUUAUAGGAGUUUGGGGGCCGGCGCGGCGACGAGUUUGGUGGCCGCGUUGGAUCCGGGAUUGGCGGUGGGGGUGGGUGAGAGGAGGGAGGGGAAGGAGAAUUACGGUGCGUUUUUGGUCGAUUGUCAGAAUGUGUAG